AUGCAGUUGGCUAUUGCACUUUAUAAUAAUGAUGUCGAUGAUGAAGAUGAAUUAGAAUUUCGUAAAGGUGAUAUAUUAACUGUUCUUAUUGAAAAUCCAAAUGGUCUUAAUGGUUGGUGGUUAUGUGAACAUAAAGGAAAAUGUGGUUUAUGUCCUGGAAAUCGAUUAAAACUUAUCUCAAAUACAGUAUCAUCAACAAUUAAAUCUAAUGAACCAAUACGUUCUUCUUCUUGUCUAUCAACAGCAUCAAUAUAUGAUAGUUUAUCAAAUGAUUAUGAUAUUCCAAUAACAGCAUCGUCAUCCAAUCAUGAUUAUGAUAUACCUCAAGGAUCAGAUUUUAUUUCCGAUUCAUGCACUCCAACACCAAUUGAUUCUUCUCCUGAAUCUUCAUCACGUUCAUCUGGAAUUUAUUCUGCAGUUGAUCUACGUUUAUCUGAUCUAUCCUCAUCAUCAUUAUCGUCUGAAUUUCACACAUCUAUUAUGAACGGUAACAAUUGCAUGCGUUUAGUAUCAUCAAUUAACAUUGAUCAAUUACAAGAUUUGUUUCGAAAAUUAUCCAUUAAUUCACUACUUCUUGAUAAAUAUCGUCAACUUAUAUCAAGUUCAAAUAUUGAUUCAAUAAAUCGUUUAUUUAUUCAUGAAUGUCGAAUGUUUCUUUAUGAUUACGGUUGUUUAUUAGAUCGACAUACAUAUAAAGUUGUUAAACAAAACUUACUUUAUGAAUUAGAACGUAUAACUAAUAAUCAAAGAAUUAUUCAAUUAGCAACACAGAUAAUACAGUUAAUAAAACCCAUUAUUGAAUUACGUCUUAAACAGAAACACACUAAUUUUUCAUCGAUACCAAUAGAUGUAUUUAAAAAACUUAAUCUUGAACCAAUUGAAGAGUUGACAAAUGAAAAUGAAAAUAAAAAAAUGACAACUUCUAUGUCAACAACACAAAUCUAUAGAAGUUUUCAAAAUAAUAAAUCUACAAAUCAUAUUCGUUCGUCACAAAUGCCAACGUCAAAAACAUGUCAUUCUAAUUUUCUUACUGAAUCAAAUAAUGAUAAAUCUGAUGAUUAUGAUUAUAUUGAUGACGAUUAUUCUAUUUCACCUUCACUAUCUAUAAAAGAUCCACUUAUAAAAUGUUAUCAUCGACAUAUUCGUGAACAUAUAUCAUCAAUGUUUAUGCGUUAUUCACGUUUAUCACAAUUUAAUCAAAUACAUAAUGAAAUUAAUAAUACUUCAUUCUUAGUUAAUGAAGGUAAAGCACUUAUAGUUGCUGGACAAAAACUUGUAUUUGUACUUGAAACAUUACACGAAUAUAUUCAACAUUCAACAAAAAAUCAACAAAUACAAACACCAUUAAUUCAGUUAACACGACAAUUAUCCGAUGCAUUAACAUCAUUUGUUCGAUCACUUAAACAGUUUAGUAAUCAAAAUUGUACAAAUAUACAAAAAUUUCAACAUGACACACAAAUGAUUAUGAAUGUAGUCAAGAGAAUACAACAACAAUGUAGUUCAGUUUAA